AAGCGCCCGACGCGACGCGCAAUGACUUGCUCAUCCUGCUGCUCCUCGUGCGCCCAGAAUGUACCCAAGACUAUCCCCAUAUCUACUCUAGACCAUGACCGCUUCAAUCUCGCGCAAUUCUUGCCAGCUGGAAUCAUCACGAUCACUGCACGCCCUGAAGCGCUGGCCGCUUUCUGCGAACACGCACACGCCGACGAUAGCUGGCAUCCCUUCCCCUUCUCGGAUCUGAGUAAGGUGCUCAGCCUUGCGAUGACGCCUCGUGACGAUGAGCUUCUACGCGGUCUACAUCACUUGGUUUACCACCUCUUCCUGUCGAUCACCUACCGCGUUGUUGGGUCAACAGUGUACUUCAGGACAUACCUGGUGCCAUGGGAUUUACCGAAGAUGGAAGGGCGCUUGAGGAACAGACAUCCUGACAUAGUAAAUGCGGCGAGGAAGCAGCUGUGCAAUGUUCUGCUCAGGAUAGAUCGGGACCCACGAAGUUGGGAUGGGGGCAUGGUGACGGAAGUGCCUACAACAUUCGUGCGUGAUAUACGUACACUAUCAGAAAUAUACAGCGACUUGCCCUCCCCACUCCCGUCUACCGAUCGCUCUGGCGUCGACAGCUGGUUACUAUCUGAGAACUACACAUCAUCUAGCCUAAACCUUCGAAGUGACCUUUACAAGUAUCAACGAGAAACUGUUGCUGCGAUGAUACAGCGCGAGGGCACACCCGCAUUCAUCUCCGAUCCACUCUACACGUCCUUCGCCAGCGUCGAUGGAGCAUCACAACUAUGGCACCAGCCUGGGACCUUCGAAUUCUUGCGCGACAGGCCCAUAACAGAAUCGACGCGUGGGGGCAUACUUUGCGAGGAACUUGGUACCGGAAAGACUGUCAUGAUCAUAUCCCUCAUUCUCGCCACCCUCCACGAACUUCCUGAUCCGGAGCCCACUGUCAUGGACACGCGUCCCGUACUUACGCCCCUCUCACUGCGCCAUUUUCCCGAUGCCGACAAUAUCCUUGCCCGGAAGCGCUCUACCGGCAACAAGAAAGCCAAAGUAGCACACAGUGUGCCCUCCCUCGUCGAGCUCCUGCUGCACAAGGCUCGCACCCAUCCCGCCGCCCUCGGCACGGACGACCUCUCAUGCCCUGCCGGCAUGUCGGAGAAGCGCGCAACCUUGCUCGAGCAGAUGCAGAGCUUGCAGCUCGACAAGGUCCUUCGUGCAAAUACGCCAUUCUAUCAUGCCUAUCGAGACAGCGACAUCGCCGCUGAACGACCGCAACGGUUCAAAGCCGAUGAGGGACCGCGACGAAUGUACCUCUCGCCAGCUACGCUCAUCGUCGUGCCGCCGAUGCUGUUGCAGCAAUGGACGCAAGAGAUCGUGAAACACUGCGAAGAGCAACCAAGAGUUCUUACGCUGGCGGGGCGCGAUGAGAUUCCGAACGUUAUCGCGCUGGCCAACGACUACGACAUCAUCCUCAUGACAUACCCUCGUUUCUCAGACGAGGCGAACCGCACGGAUGUUGAGCGACUGCAUGUUUGGGAUGUCUGCUUGUGCGCGGAGCUGUCGAGGACGCGGGUGCCGAACUGUCGCUGCCAGGUAGCGAGGGUCUCGCCUCUACUUCAGAUACGAUGGAAGCGCCUUGUUAUUGACGAGGGUCACGUCUCUGCCUCACUCGACUCCAACCUCGUUCCCUUAACCAAGUUGCUGAGCGUCGAGAGGAAAUGGGUGGUCACCGGCACACCAACCACCAACCUCCUCGGACUCAGCUUCGGCGACCACACCGCCUCCGAGGCAGAGGACGCAGCUGCUCCUGAAGACGACUCGGAGCCUGAACACGAUCUGGAUUCCACGGACACCUCACCCCCCGCCGCCCCGCGCAUCUGGACGCGCUACGACGCCAAAGACCUGUGCAAGCUCGGGAACAUGCUUGCCCACUUUGUCGGCGUCCCCCGGCUCGCGCGCGCCUCGGGGCUCUUCGCCUCGCACGUCAAGGCACCGCUGCUCGACAAGCGCGGGCCGCGGCCUGGUGCGAUCCAGGUGCUCACGCAGGUCAUGGCAAGCUGCAUGCUGCGGCAUCGGAUCGAGGAUGUGGAGAAGGACGUGGUGCUGCCCAAGGUGGCGAGGGAGCAUGUGUUGCUGGAUAUGGACCCGUAUGCGAUUAAGUCGUAUAAUGCACUGCAGGGGGUUAUUACAGUGAACGCGGUGCAGUCUCAGCGGGAAGAUAUGGACUACAUGUUCCACCCCAGGAACACGGAGUAUCUGCAAGCUACCGUACGCAAUAUGUCGCAGUUGAUGUUCUGGAAGGUCGACGACAGGUUCUACAACGCGGAAGAGCUGGAGAAGACGGAGGAAGCGAGUAUAGCAAAGGCCAUAGAACGAGGCUCUCCAGAGGACGACAUACGAGCUCUCAAUGAGGCAUACGAACGUAUCGUACGUGUAGCCAGCCAAGACCAACUCUGGAGGGACAUGCAGACGAGAGAAGAUGUCGUCUUCCGCGUUGAAGGCAUGCCACGCCGCGUCCUCAAUGCGUGGACAGUCACAAGAGUGCCUGGGAUCGUACCAGCCACAGACACCAGCGGGUACAUCCACGCCACGCGACUCCUGGCGCUGAAGAACGAGGUGCAGCGGGAUCCAUUCACUGACGUCGACGAGCUCGUGCGCCUCGGACAUGCGUACGACGACGUCGAUGUGAAGCAGCGCAGAUUCAAUGACGCGUACGAGCGGCGUUCGAAGGCGUGGCGAAGGAAGAAUGGAGAGGGGAGCAAGGCGCAGGGACCGCAGCAGCCUGCUCCGCCGAAGGAGGUGCUCGAAGGGAUGCAGACAGAGCUACGGAAAGCGCUCAAGGUGCAGGAGAGCUUGCAACGCAGAACGGUCUCUGGAGCCAGGAAGUUCUUCGGCGAGUCGCCCCUCGCGGGCGUGCGUAUACUCUCUUCGACGUCUUCGAAGCUGAACUACGUCAUGAACGAGGUCUUGCGGUAUUCCGGAGACGAGAAGUUUCUAAUCUUCUCCGAGUCGCCGCUGACGCUGGCGUACAUCGAAGAAGCUCUGCAACUGCUCGAGGUCAGAUACAUGCGGUUCACGACGGAGGCGAAGCCAAGGCAGCGAGAACAGAUGGUGAUGACAUUCGAGACCUCCGACGUCUACCGUGUGUUCUUGAUGGAGCUCAAGUACGGUGCCCGAGGACUCAACCUCGUUUCCGCUUCCCGGGUGAUCUUCUGCGAGCCGGUCUGGCAAGCGGACGUAGAGAGUCAAGCUAUCAAGCGAGUCCACCGAAUCGGACAAAAGCGAAGCGAGGUUAACGUGAAGACCCUCAUUAUACGAGGAACAGCCGAGGAGAACAUGCUGUCUCGCCGCCUCGAGCUCGAAGGAAAACACCUCGCUAAGAUGCCGAAAGUGCUAGACGAGGCUGGGAUUCGACACUACAUCGCUCAUCCCUCAUUCAUUACCGAGUCCCCUACCCUCACCAGUCCCUUGAAUGUCCCGCUCCUCACCGUGCGCCGAGGGCCAGACGAAUCUUCUGGCGAAUCGGAGUCCAGUGCAUUGACUAUUCGACCACCACCGUCUUCCACCGGUGUAUCCUCCCCGAUGAAGAGGGUACGCAUAGCCGACGAACGCGCGGACGAUGCCGUGCUUGUGCACAAGACUGUGAAGUUACCCUCGAGUCCGCCACCGUCGAAGAAGCGAAGGGUCCACUUCGCGUAGAUUCUAGUGCCCAAGGGUAUGUUUCGAG